UCGUAGGUGGCGCAAUCGAAGAGCAGGUCUUCUCGCGAAGCUGUUAAUCCAAUUAAUUAGGAGAAAUAAGGGUUUUUUGUCGAAGCGAAAAACAUGUCAAUGGCAACUGUGGCUCGUUUGAGUGCACAAACUAUCAUAAACAGUUGUCGAAAACUCGCACAGCAGAAAUCUCCAUACAUAAAACAUAUACCACGAAUUAACCAAGUUGUUGCCAGCAAAGUUUCUAGAAACCAAGCAUUCUUUUGUCAACCAAUCGUACAAUUCAGCAGCACUGUUCAGGUAGAAGAAACAAAUGAACCUGAUGUUUUGUACAAGAAGAUAAUACUAACGCUGAAAUCCCAUGAUGAUGCGGUGAUCGAAAGUUAUCAGCAAUAUGUGACUAUGACGGCCAAUGAACUCGGUUUGAAAGAACCUAAAACGCAGUGUUUGCGGAAACACAUUAACAGAAUCACACAUUUAAAAUCAAGGCAUAUCUACAAAAAACACAGAGUCCAGUAUGAAAUCAGAACAUACAAGAGACAAAUAGAGUUCCAACAUCUAACUGGUAGCACUGCAGAUACAUUAUUAGAAUAUAUAGAAAGAAAUAUACCUGAAGGUGUGGCGAUGAGAGUACAGAAGGUUGAAGUUGUACCAUUGCCAUCCCAUAUUAAGCCACCACUGCCAAAAGAAGAUGCAUAAUUUUCUUAUUAUUUGUAACUCAUAAUAUUAAAAUAAACAAUUGAAGCCCAA